GUGUGUUUUCCAGAUUGACAGCUGACGUCGCACGUGGGAAACAAAACCAUUUUCUAGAUUCCAAGAGCAAACAUAGAUCAUAUUUAUUUGUGUCUGUGCAAGCAACUCGAAGAGCAAUAUGGGUAUCCUAGAGAAGAUAUCAGAAAUUGAGAAGGAAAUUGCCCGGACUCAGAAAAACAAAGCCACUGAGUACCAUCUCGGUCUGCUGAAAGCCAAACUUGCCAAGUACAGACAGCAGCUGUUGGAGCCACAAGGGAAGACUGGAGCUAAGGGAGAAGGUUUUGAUGUAAUGAAAUCUGGUGAUGCCCGUGUGGCUCUUAUAGGUUUUCCAUCUGUUGGCAAGUCCACCCUGCUGAAUACCUUGACCUCCACCCACAGUGAAUCGGCCAACUACGAGUUCACCACUCUCACCUGUAUCCCUGGUGUCAUAGAGUACAAUGGUGCCAACAUUCAGCUGCUCGAUCUGCCUGGAAUCAUAGAGGGUGCUGCACAAGGCAAGGGUCGAGGUCGGCAGGUUAUUGCCGCGGCCCGCUUGACAGCUGAUCUGGUGGUCAUGAUGCUGGAUGCAACAAAGAGGGAGUACCAGAGAGAACUUUUGGAGAAAGAAUUGGAGAGUGUUGGCAUUCGAUUAAACAAAGGCAAACCCAAUAUAUAUUUUAAGCCAAAGAAGGGCGGUGGUAUGUCUUUCAACUCGAUGGUGUCGAUGACAAAGUGUAAUGAGAAGUUGGUCUCAAUGAUUCUCCAUGAAUACAAAAUAUUUAACUGUGAAGUCCUGUUCCGUGAUGACUGCACAUCAGAUGAGUUUGUGGACGUUAUCUUGGGCAACCGAGUCUACCUGCCAUGUUUAUAUGUAUACAACAAGAUUGAUCAGAUCUCUAUAGAGGAGGUAGACAGGCUUGCCAGGCAGCCCAACUUCGCUUUCUGUAAUAUGAAGCUGAACUUGGACUACCUCCUGGAGAUGACAUGGUAUUUCCUGGCUCUCAUCAGGGUCUAUACAAAGAAGAGGGGAGAGAAACCUGACUUUGAUGGUGGACUGGUUUUACGUCGAGGCUGCUCAGUAGAACAUGUGUGUCAUGCAGUUCACAGAAGUAUAACAGAGGUGUUCAAAUAUGCUCUUGUUUGGGGCACCAGCGUGAAAUACAGUCCUCAGAGGGUUGGGUUGAGUCACAUCAUGAAUCAUGAAGAUGUCAUACAAAUUGUCAAAAAGUAGAAACUGUUUCUGUUUUAACAAAUCCAUUUGUAAUGUAUAUUAUGUACAGUGUAAAUAAUCCAUGUAUAUUGGUUACUCAGUGUUAUAACUACGGCAAUGAUCUGGAACAUUAUUGUCUUUUCCCUAUGUAAAUUUGAGUUAAAUAGAUAGAACUAUCAAAGCUGUUAUAAGGUUUAAUGACAAAGUAUAAUGCAUUGUUGUUUAGAAAAUAGUAUUUUCCACUUGAUUGUUACAUUUAUUGAUAGAAGAAAUGUGAGAAAAUACACCUGAAAAAUGUACACACUGUAUUGAUGGCAUGGAUGUCCGAGUAAGCUAACGGUUGCAAUUUACUGUGCAGAGUUGCUUCCCUUAGAUGUGUCCCCUGUCAAGCUGUAAUGCCUUAUCAUAACAGAAAUACUGUUCAAAGCAGUAUUAAAUUGCCAUUUAAGCCAAUCCUCUAACUUGUGUCCAUAUGAAAUAGUGAACAUUUUAAGUAAAUGUAUCUCAUAUUUGAAAUUAGUACUCAACACUUAUCACCUGUAUGUAAUUAAAAAAUGAGAAAAGAUAUCUUCUGCCUUAUUAUAAAAAACAUGCAAAAUAUUCUAUUAGUUACUGGUUACAAGUCAUUACAUGUUGUCAUAGUUUGCUUUGAUAUUCAUAUCCUGUUUGAUAUUAACAUGCCCUGAAAGAGACAAUAUUACUUGACCUAUUGACCUAUUUUUUAAUCCUUUUCUACAUUUUCUUAUUCACUUGACUAAACAUAUCUACCAGCUCAUAAGUACGGAAGUGGAUUAAGAAUGACAAAUACCUAGAGAACAGUGGCUUGUAUCUCUACAAAAUGAAAACAGAACUGUUUGCAUUAUACUUUACAUUAUAAAAUGCAAAGAGUAUUAUAAAUUGCUGAGAAAAGUCAUUAUUUUUCAUUUUUGUCAUUUAAUGUAAGUCAUUUAUCAUUUGACAUGAAUAACUUUUCUCAUUUUCGAAGAAAUAUUCAGAACUACCACGAUCCUGAACAGUUUCUCAGAGAAAAUAAUUCUAAUUCUAAGAUACAUAAUUAAUAUCUUGGUGGUGUUUAAUUUUAAAAUGAAAUAUAUGUCGUGUUAAAUGAGGCAAGUCCACAUUUUCAGGUACAGUAUAUUAGUGAGAAAUUUUCCAAAUAUGUUGGUAAGGCAUGUCAACAUGUGUGACAAGAGUUAUCUCCCUUUAAUCCAAAACUCACAAACAUGGCUUCAUGUGAAGACAUUGGAAUACAUGGUAGACAGUAUGAAGAUAUUUAAUUCAUUUUAUUUUGUCUCUUUUCCCACCCCAUCCCCCAACACCAAACAUAUCCAGUAAUUUGAUAAGCAGGAUGAGAAGUCUUUAGUUAUUUCAAGAUGGUCACAGAAGUAUAAUUAAAGUUAUGAUCGCUAUCUCAACAAAUAAAUCAGCAAACUUAUAUUUCCAGUGCUUCAGAAUACAAAAUGGACUCAACUCUGACACAUAAUUUGACAGAUAACUAGAUUUUGCUAUGAUGAAACAAUUAUAAUAUAAUUAUAGCAAGCACUGUCAAAUGUUAACUGUCUAUAAAGUCAACAAUUCAAUAACGAUGGUGGCAGCAAGAUCAGUUGUCAGAUUGUCUAAUGUUAAGCUUUCAAUAUUGAAUUAUAACUAACACAUCUUUGAGAUUUCUGUCUCUAUUGAAGUGCUCCAUUCAAUGUGUUAAGGUGAUGCCUGAAUGAUUUUCUGUUUGUCAUCAAAAGACACUAAAAGUUAUUUUCUUCA